AUGAGCUCCUACCAGUUCGUCAACUCCUUGGCCCAGUGCUACGGCCAGCAGGCCCGCGACCAGCAGAGCAGUCCCGGGACAGACUAUUACAACCCCAACGCGAACUCCACCUACCCCCCAGCAUGCUACUCGCCCCCGCAGGUGGCCCCCCAGUACCCGCAGCACCCGUACGCGGCCCCGGCGCCGGGCCACGGCCUGCAGCCCACCAUGGGCGACUACACCCAGCUGCAGCCGCAGAGGCUGGCCUCGACCCACCUGCAGAGCCCCAACACCCAGACCCACCCUUCGGCCAGUUGCAAGUACGCCGAUUCGACCUCCUCCACAGGAGUCGCCUCCCCGCAAGAUCUGAGCACGAACGGAGCUCCUCCAAGGAGUACUCCGCCGCUUUCAACCCCCAGUAACAGCAACGCGACGAAGAGCUCGGGACUGACGUCCCCGCUGUCGGUCAGCACUUCGCCACCAGGCAAACCCGCGACCUCCACGGCAUCGCAAAACUUAUCCUCGCCGGCUUCUAGCACUAGUUCUACCUCUAGUACCGAAAAAGCCGGCACCAACAACAACAACUCCAAGAGCGGCCAAUCGAGCAACCCGCCUCAGAUCUACCCCUGGAUGAAGAGAGUUCAUCUCGGCCAAAGUACUGUGAACGCAAAUGGCGAAACGAAGCGGCAGAGGACGUCGUACACGCGCUAUCAGACGUUAGAAUUAGAAAAAGAAUUCCAUUUCAAUCGGUACCUGACGAGGAGACGGCGAAUAGAAAUAGCUCAUGCCUUAUGUCUGACCGAAAGACAAAUAAAAAUCUGGUUUCAAAACCGCCGCAUGAAGUGGAAAAAAGAGCACAAGAUGGCCAGUAUGAAUAUCGUUCCUUAUCACAUGUCUCCUUACGGCCACCCUUAUCAGUUUGACUUGCAUCCUAGCCAAUUUGCCCAUCUCGCUACUUAGGACGUGUUUAUGUGAUUCCAUUAGAUUUCCACCUGGCGUCCCUCCAGGACGAAGGCUACGCAUUCCACCAAGCCAUGGGGAUGGGAGGCAUGGGUCCCAUGCAGCGCGGUCUUUACGCCUGCGGCAGCCCUUACAGCUAGCCCUGGGCCUCCUAUAACGGAGACUGCGGCCCCUCGUAGGCCCUUUAUCGGAUCUCAGGCGGUCUCCGGCCCACGACACUCGGACGAAUUUCAGAAAAUCGUAGACGUGUCGGGGUUUGCUUUUGUGCCAAUAGACGGUCACUCGGUAUUGGUGUACGUUUCCCUCAAGGGUAGGCUUGUACUUAUCUCUCGGACGAGUUUUUUCUGGACUAGACGUGCAAUAUUGUUAAAUUUUUGUUGAUUUUUCUUUGAAGGGAACUUGUAAGAUAUAUCUAGAAUUUUGUAUCUGAAAAUUGUGAAAAGACACUGUGCUCACUAUAGUUUUAAAACAAAGUGUGAUUAAACUAGGCUAGGACUUAGUGUACAUAUACAGCAUGAAAUUCACUUUUGUAAAUACCGUCACGACUUGAAGUAAAUUAUUCCUAAGUUAAGUACUGUAUGAAUGGCUCUAGGAUAAUUUGUAAAUAAAACAAUAUGUAAAACACUUAUGUAUAGACAGUUCACUUAAAAGCUUGAUAAUCUCAAGAAAAACUCUUUCGGUUCACUAAGUAUUGAAGAUAAGUGUAAAGUUGUAUUAUAUUGUGUACAUUUUAGCUCAACAUUGUUUCAUUUUCAUUUUUUAGUUUAUUUAUGUAUUUGUACUUGUGUGUGUGAAAGACGUACAAUUUAGAUUGUACAAAAUCCUAAUAUUUACUGUUGUAAUUGUCCACUCUGAAUAAACAAUUAUUAAAAAAAAUCCUCUUUUUUUAACCUUCAACGCACUUGCCACAAAAGACCAUAAAUUGCAUUCAAACAAAAUGCAAAGCAAGAAAACACUUGGUGGUCAAACAUCAAAAUAAACUCUUCUCUGUCAAUCUUUCCGUGUCCAUUUUAGACGUU